GGAUGCUGUGGAGGCCAGGAGUGAGCAAGAUCUGCCCCACCUCCAAAGAUGAAUAGUGCCUUCGCACUGCAUGUGCGGUCGUGUUGCAUCCUCGCUGCUCUGAGCGACGCUGCCGCCUUCCACGCCAGCCGACUCGCCCCGCAGCUGCCACGUGCAGGUCUGCCUCUCACUCGUCGCUUCUCCGCAGUGCAGCACAAGACCGCAUCUUCAGCAGUGGACGUCAUCGGCAUGGCUGAGGCGCCGAAAACAGCUGCUGGUGGGCAUUCACACACCACAUCCAGACGGACACGCAUGACUGCACUGAUGGAUGUGCGAGUGGAUUGCAGCUCUGAUUAUCGGCGAUGAGGUACUAAGGGGAAAGACGCUGGACACCAACAGCCACACGCUGGCGAAGCUCUUGUUUCGGUGCGGCGUGACGCUUCGCAAGAUAGAGGUCAUCAGCGACGAGAUAGAGGUCAUCAGUGAGGCCGUCAAGCGGCUCUCUGACACACACGACAUCCUCUUCACGUCGGGAGGAAUUGGGCCGACGCACGAGUGAGCCAAGACACACCAACGGCAGGUGUACGUGAUGGUUUUCUGCCGUCGCCAUUUCUGUGCAGCGAUAUGACAUAUGAGGCGAUCGGCCAGGCGUUUGACGCGCCGCUGGAAUAUCACCAGCCCACUCUCGCGGCCAUGGAGGACUUUUAUGCGCAGAAGUAAGUGAACAGAUGAACACACGCGCACACACACACACACACACACGAGGAGACUUUCCCUCUGUGUGUGCUUGUAUUGAUGGCAUACAUCAGGCAUCCUGACCACCUGCCGUUGAAUGAUGCGCGUAAGCGGAUGGCGCUCAUCCCUGCCGGCUCGACGGUGUACAACACCGAGGGGCUGUGGGUGCCGCUGGUGCGUGUCCGCAAUGUCCACAUACUGCCCGGAGUGCCACACCUCUUUGCCAAGAUGCUCACCGCAAACCAAGACCUCUUCAAGGCCAAAAGUGAGUGAACUUCCCUACUAUAGUUGACCAACGAUUGCGCACGUCGCGUCCAUGUGUGGCUGGAUGGAUGGCAUCUCUGUCGAUCUGUGCAGAUGUCAGCUUUUAUCGUCGCAUCAUCUACACGUCAAUGGCUGAGGGCUCGAUCGCCGGCAUCCUGGGUGAUGCCGCCAAGGCAUGCCCCGAGGUGUCCAUCGGCUCCUACCCCCGGAGCCUCUUCCCGUCCAACGAACACGGCAAGACAGACACAGACCUCCCACCUGGUGAGAGUGCAAAGAGCGGGGCCAGCACCAUCGUGACCGACCAAGGGAAAGUGUACCAUACGCUACAGGUCGGUCGGUCGUGCAGACAUAUACAUCGAUUGCUGCAUGAUGGAUGUGUUGACUGACGUCCGCGUACAUGUCAUGUGUAUGCGUGUUGGAUGGAUGAAUGCAGUUCUACGUGUGCGUCACGGUCGAGGGGCGGGAGGAGAGUUCGGUGCUGAGGGUGGCAGACGACCUCCUGCAGGUCUGUCUGUCAGUCAGAGUGCAUGUGCGAUGCGCGUGAACACCCGCUCCUCUCUGUGUCUGGGUCUGUUCAUCUCCCUGAUUGCAGAAGUUGGGUCACGAUGCCGAGCUGCAUGAGGAAGACGUCCGAGUACAGAGCAAAAUAUGAAUGUGAUGCGGGAUGCAUUCAUGGCACUCGGACAAAUGUCGGGCCGCUGUUUUGACGUUUUGUGCGUGGAAUUGGACUGGCCAGUACUGUACAUGACGCAGCUGGCAAGAGCUGCACGGCCA